AUGGCUCCCAAAAAGAACCGCGCAGGUGGCAAGAAGCCUGCCAAGAAGUCCACGAGCAGAGACAACAGGAGGACUGCCCUCAACCAGCGCCUGUCCCGGGCUGUGCGGGGUUUAAAGGAGGGGAGCGCCUAUAAGGCGGCUUCUGAGAUGGAGAAGGAGGAGAUGACGGCUAGACUUCGGGCUGCGGUCACACAGAAUUUCGAGGCCGACUAUAGGCCCGGAAAUAAGGGGAUGGAGGGGGGAAGGGGGAAGGGGAAGGGGAAGACGGUCGCGAAGACCACCGACGACGACGACGAUGGCGAUGAUGAGGAAAUGAAGGAGGCCGAGGCCAAGGACGAAGAAGAUGAAGAGGACGACGAGGACGAAAGGGAUGGCUGGGCUGGACCCAAGUCCAACCGCCCUGGCCUGCCCCCAAGACGUUCUCGCUCCCGCUCUCCACCACCACCACCACCACCACCAACAAUGGAGCAUCGCUCCAUGCCUCCUUGGCUGGAGUGCAUUGAUCCCAUCCUUCGGGGGGAGUGGCCCUCAGUUUAG